UCAUUCAACACAUCACUCGAUGCACAUCCAGUGCCCGAAGACAUCACAUCCAGUGAUGACAACAAACACAGUGUUCGACAACUCAUCCAAUCAUUGGACACAAGAAGUGAACCAAAGAAGACAUUGAAUGGCAAUAAAGCGAAGACAACAACAAAGAGAAGACAAAGAAAACGAAAGAAGACAUUAAGCGAUGAAUCGGACGAUAAUUAUGACCACAAAUGGGAACAGACUUUAAGUGAUGAAGAAAUGGAUGACAAAAGCGUUCAGAAAAAGAGAAAAUGCGUUCAGAAAAGCGAAAAAAGUGGUGAAAACUCGACGACAACUCCACUGAAGAGGAUAUAUAAAGACAGAACGCAUGACACGAAUGGAAAGCCCUUAAGAUCUAAACAUUUUAUGUGUGAAUACAUUGGAUGUGAGAAAACGUUUGGUGAAAGUGAAACACUUUUGGCACACAUUCGGGUCAGACAUACAAUGGAGCGGCCGUUCGGGUGUGACGUCUGCCACAAGAGAUUCCCUACGGAGAGGUGUCUUCGGGUGCAUAAGAAGAUCCAUACGGAGGACAUCCGAAAGUACCGGUGCUCUUGGGUUGGCUGUGACUCCACUUUUCGCACCAAAAGUUGUCUUCAGACUCACAUGCAAUCACAUGAACAGCGGCGACAAUACGCGUGCGAUGAAUGUGACCAACGAUUUAAUAGGAAAGGGAUUCUGUAUGCGCACAGACUAACGCACUCCGGCGCCCGACCGUACACUUGCGAUUGGCCCGCCUGUGAGGCCACGUAUAAGGACUUAAAUAUGCUUAAGCGCCACAAAGAGACACAUCUGGGAGUCAAACAGUAUGUCUGCGAUAGAGAGGGUUGUGGUAAAGGGUUUGUCACUAAAAAGUAUUUAUAUCAACACAAACGCCAACACUCUCUGCCAUUUGUGUGCAGUUGGCCCGCAUGUGACCGACGGUUCCCCUCUAAUGAUCGACUCCAGGACCACAUGAACUCACAUCAGGGCCUACGAGUGGUCGAGUGUCCGGUCGAGGGUUGCGAUAAGACAUUCACAUCCAAACCCUGUGCGCGACAACACUUAAGACAAGGCCUACGAGUGGUCGAGUGUCCGGUCGAGGGUUGCGAUAAGACAUUCACAUCCAAACCCUGUGCGCGACAACACUUAAGACAAGUCCACAAAUAUAAGACCACUGAAGGGCUCAUUCCUAUCAAGAAAUAA